AUGGCUGCUACUAUAUUUCGCGACCGUCACCUAUACACACUCCCACAAACACACGUACCCAAGUACCGACCGACGAUACUCGCCAACUUUUCUAAUUGGCUAUCUUUCUUUAAGCCGCGAAUAUUACGUUCUACUACGACCGACACUGGACAUCGAAAACCGCUGAUUGGAUCGAUCUGUUUCAAAGCUUCAUUCACCUGUUUGAUUUUAUGCAUUAUUUCAUUAACGAACUGUUUCCGUUCAAAGAAUUUUAUUUCCCGACAAUGGAAACAGUUGCUCGCUAACUCAGUAGUUACAAUAAUGGCUGUAUCAACAGAAAGUAUAAUGACCACAAGCCUCAAUGACCCUGUAACCAAAGCAGUAAUGGAUAAUAUAAUGGGUAAUUUACCCACAAAAAAGCCUCUUGUUAGAUGCGAUGAUUGUGAUCUUUCAUUUACAAGUCAAACAGUAUUAGAUACUCAUUUACAAGGUGCUCGCCAUGCUAAACAGAUGAGAUCCAAGAACAUAAUGGCAUCUCUUGAAGAAACAAAAGUAUCAUUUACAAAAGAUGAAGAAACAAAUGGAUUAAAAUGCAACGUGUGUAAUGUUUGUCUAAACUCUAUUCAGCAACUUCAGACACAUUUGAAUGGAAGCCGACAUAAAAAGAAAGCAAUGAGAGGUGAGUGGGAUGGCAAAGAAUUUGGCAAUUCAAUGACACCAACCACUACGAAUGUCCAAGAAAACUCGGGAUCUAAAAGCACAUCACUUUCGUGUAACAUGUGCAACAAAAUUUUCAAUUCUCCAGCUCAAUACAAUGUGCAUAUAACAUCAAAAAGACACACUUUCAAAUUAAAUCAAGUAAGAACUAUAAAAAAGAAAAGGGUUUUUUCACAUUGGAGAAAACCUAAGACUGGUGUACAUCCUAAGAACUUUAUUUAAUUAUUAUCAAAUAACUUUGUACCAAGAGGUUUCACAAAUCAGGCAUAGGAAAAGUGCAACUAAAUGAAUAUAUCUAUUUUAAUACAUGUAUGAUGCAUUCAAAUAUAAAUGUUUUAUUCUUAGAAAAAAUUAAAGGAAGCAAUUCUAAAACCACACUAUUUUUCAUCAAAUUAAUUUGAUGAAUGGUACUCGACUUUCCAAGUACACAUACAUAUGAUACCACUUGUAAUGUUUGUUCAUACACAUGCAUGAUUUAAUCAGUGUAUUGAAGUAUACAUUUUACUCUUGGCACUCUUCCUUUAUAAUAUUAUAAUAUAAUAUACAAUUAAAAUAAAAAGAUCAUAUAUUAAGAAAUUAGAUAUAUUUUAGUUAUUGAUAGUGCCUCUAAUAUUAACUGAAAUAGUGCAAGAAUGCACUGCUGCAUUGUAUAAAUGUACAAGUAUAAUCAUUUGAAAGAUAAUAGAAAAAUAUAUGAUGUUGUAAUUCUUAAUAAAUUACG